AUGCUCACCAAACCCCUGACCCUCAACAUUGUUCUGCACACCACCACCACCAUAAACCCCUCAAACCGCCUUCCAGCCCCGGUCUCAUUCACCCUCACCAUUCCCACUCCUGCCACAACAGCCGUCGCUGACCUCCCCCAACUUUGCGCCUCAUGGAAAGCCGACGGGGAAACAGAUAUCGGAAAAGGGACGCAAGGAGACAGAGAGGGCGAAACGAUACGGGUGUGGAACAGCCAUGGCAGUGUUGUGUUGGGGAUGUAUAUGGUGGGGGAGGCUUUUGGGGAUGGUGAGGUUGUAUAUGUUGGCGGUGGUGGGGUGGAGGAUGGGUUAGGGCGUGGUGCCAACGGUUCUCAAACGCCGCAAACGAAUAAACAUAGGAGCGUGGAGCGCAAGCGAAAGCGAAAUGCCGCCGAUGACGAUAGCGAUACCGGCCCAACGAUUGGUGUCUCGAAUGGAACGAACAGAAGAAAGAGACGAGGGAGGAAGGGGUCGCGGGAGACCCGGCUGGGAAGGGAUGCUCCGCCGAGAAGGGAUAAUGGGACGCCAGGUUCACGAGAAGUGAGUGAGGAGAGCCGAGUUGAGGGUCGUAAACGAAAGCGCAACCACGGGUCGAAUGAGGAGUGCACAGGAACUACGACCGUGAUGCAGGAACCGGCUCCCACUUCCAAUAGUCGGCAGAUGAAGAAACAAAAGCAGACCGCCGCGAUGCCAUCGAAUGCAGUCAUCAGCGAACCGACUCCAUUCGCACUCAGCAGUCCAAUGUCUGUCACGGACGUCGUGGGAGUCCAGAAGAAGAAAAAAGCGAAUAGAAGAGGCGCCAAACGCAAAAAAGGGAAUACCAGCCUACCAAUCCUCAGUAACAUCCAACCCGAAACCAUGCCGGCGGACAGUUCCCGGUUUAUUCAGCCCUUGCCUUCGGUCUUGAAUGCCUUCCAACCCCUCACACCAACCCGCUCCCGCUCCCCAAGCACCGUCUCCUCGCCCACCACUUCAAGUCUCAUCGACGAUUUUGACGAGCCACCAACCCCACCCUCCCCAUCCAUACCCGACACGACCCUCUUCCACCUCCCAACCGCCUCCCAAGACACAGCCAUGCUCGACAACCAACUUUCCCUUCGCACGUAUUUGGACACCGGGGAGGUGGGGGACGGGGAGGUGUCGUCGCAGGAGGAACGCGGACUGGCUUUUGAGAUGGAGGGGUUGUUGGGUAUGGGUGUUAACUUGCCUGUGCUGACAAAGGAAAGGGGACAGGUGGAGACGAUUGGGAGGGGUAGGCCGGAAAAAGGGAGGGAUGUGUGGAUGCCGUGGUGA